AUGACUGACUUAUGCGGUCUCCCAGACGAGCUCCUGCUCGCAGUCGCCAAAUGUCUACGAGACGACACCAAGAACGGAUACAGCGAUCUCAAUCACCUCGCGUUGAGUUGCCGGAAGCUACGACCUAUUGCGCAAGAAGUGUUCUACACGGAUAUCUCAAUCACUCCAACCCUGGAACGAGGUCUCGCGCGUCUCGCGCGCACUCUCUUGCAGCGACCCGAUCUUGCGAGAAGAGUGCUGAAACUAAGCAUCGAGCUGUCCGGCAUACCAAUCAUGCAUCUUGAGAGCUGUGUGUCUUCGAGAGAAUAUCGUCGAGAUGAUAGGUGUACUUGCGGUAUUCCGGAGCUUGGGGCCCACUUUAUCGGGUUUGCGAGCACUGUCGAGUCAAGGAACGAUAUCACACUCCACAACGUUGGCUGGGAAGAUAUGCUGAUGAGUGGCGUAGAAACCGCUCUCGUCAAGCUCAUCUUGUGUAUCACCCCGGCUCUCAGUGAUCUCACACUGGAAAACCGGGGCUCACCGUUGUAUGCCAACUACAAAAACCUCGUUUGGGGUGAAUUCGGAGAAUUGUUCCAAGACGUAGCCAGACACAAGGAAUUCGCAGAAUGUUUCCAGGGUCUCUCUAGCCUGACUCGACUGACCACAAAUGGUUACCCACCAUGCAACUGGCUAAGUUUACCCCGACUGGAAGCCGCGAGUAUCAACCUAUUCGAAGACGCUUUCUAUUGCGACGAUUACAUCAAUUCCAACGAGAUAAUGUGGUAUAUCGCACCUAGCGGAACUGUUUCUACGAGUUUGACCCGUCUGAUCAUUCAAGCGGACUUUGAAGCGUUUCACUCUCACGAAGCCACUCAUGGGCAGGGUGUGUAUGGUCACAUGAGAAGCGUUGUCCGUGGUCUUACAAACUUGACCCACCUCUUCAUUCUAUACCGCACUCUUAUCGAUCCAUAUGGCAGGUUCAAUCCCCUCAACACUCCACGAGGAUCUUUCGCGCACAUUGUCUCGCAUCUGGAGAGCCGCAGUUUGACGAAUCUGACUCUGGACGUUGAGCCCGCCCUCAAAGAUCUGGUCAGGUACACGAUCAUGUUGGAGUAUACUCGCGGUGUAUCUCCAAUGACCUGGCUUGCUGGAUUACCUAAACUUCGCAAUCUCAAUGCCCCACAGGAAGCUUUCUUCUCUGCGAACGAGGAAUUCCGAACUUGUCAUCUACCUACCACGAUCGAGAGCAUCAGUAUCAUGGAUGCGACGUACGAGACCAAGCGCUACCUCAAGCAUCUCCUGGAUCGCCAAACAGAAUGGCCAAACUUGAAGACCAUCAAGAUUGGGGAGAGUCCGUGCAACGACCACUCCGUAUAUCCAGCGGAGAGCGAUGACGACGCUAGCGAAAGCGACGCAGGAGAGCGGCGGAAAGUCUCCGAGGCUGAUGACUCAAUCUACGAACAGGCUCGGAGCCGUGGUUUGAGGGUGGAGAAGGUGCAGGAUAGAACUGCAUGGAAGAAGGGAUGGGAAGGUCUGGGUUUGUGA